ACAUUACGUUUAAUGAACAUAUCUAAUCUACGCCUUCCAAACCUAAUUCUUGUAAAACACCAUGCAGUACAUGUUAAGUGGACACAAUCAAGAAAACGAUGACCAAUUAUUAAAUUUGAGGAAUUAAACAAGACUUUUAUUUACCUCUAUACAUGACAUUGUGUGUACGACUGAAAUUAAAUCGUAUAUUGGGAAGGCAUUGUUUCCCAACUUACUGGAUCUCCUACCAACGUGAAUAAGUGGUGAUGUAUAGCGAAAUUCAAACAUAAAAUUCAAAGCAAAUCAUAGUAUUGUUUGUCAUUAUAUUCUUUAAAAGUAAGAAAAUUAAAUUUAUAUGAUAAAAAAAGAAUGUGUUGAAUUAGCGUUUCAAAAUAAUGCCGGACAGAGGUUAAAAUCAACAAAACGUAUUUGAACUUUAACUCAGAUAGGCAGGAGAAACAUACAGCUAGUCUUGUUAGACUCAUUAUUCGUUCUGAUAUAUUUCAUUUUCAUUUUCAAGCAAAGAAAAAAGUUUACUUCUAUUAUUUUUACAAAUAUGAUAUUUAUUAUUCCAUCUGUCCACAUUGUUCAUGUAAAACGAAAAAAAUGAUCUGACGACAGACUGCAAUGAUAUUGUUAUGACGCGGUAAAAUGGCAAACACAAUCGAGAAACGUUAGGUGGUGAUAAACAUUUGAUAUAUAAAUGGAGAUGAGAAAUGAAGAAAAGAAAAAACAAAAAGGAAAUGGAACAAAGAGAAAUACGAACACCCGUCAAAUUGUAUCGGUUACUCAGCAUUCAAAGAUCAGCAUUAUAUUGAAAGCUACUUCAGAUGAUGAUAAACCGAUACCUGGUUAUCUUUACCAAGAAAUAAGCAAAAUUACCCAUGAAUCUGAUGGUUACUGUGAAAGUACCCUGGAGUACCUUGUGGACCGGCUGGAGAAGAACUCGUGUCACAUCAAACUGAAGGUGAUAAAAGUGAUGAAAUAUUUGCUAGAAAAUGGGCACAGGAACUUCAGAUUUGGUUUAUUGAAAAAUGCCAGAGGUAUUACUGCAGCCACUAAAUUCAGUGGUGCUCCUGAUCCUUUGCAUGGAAAUGUACCCUACCUCAUGGUCCGCAAAGCUGCACAGGAGCUAUCGGAAGUGUUGUUUGAUACAGAGACGUUUGAGGGGAACCAAGAAGGCGAGCCUACCAGCCUUAUCAAUACAGAUAGCCUUGGCUCAUCAAAUUAUCAGAAAGGAAAGUUGGAAGGAUUUGGAAAUUCCCCUGCUGUACAAAAAAAUACACUUGGAGACAGCCUGAUUGAUAAUGUAUACAAAAUGGCUGAAAAGAUGAGUGAACAGCCAGCGGACCGCCAGCGGGAGCUGUUGAAGACUGUACAGGAUGUUGGAGGGUACAAACCACCGAUAAACUACCCAGCUGACAUGGCGCCACUUGUUGUACCAUUUAUAAAGCCAGAAAUCAAAGCUCACCCAGUCGAGCCGCUGAGGAAACAUAUUCCAGGAAAGGCAGGUGGAGGCUGGGAUGACAGUGAUGAUGACGACGCUGAUAGUUGCCCUGCACACAGCCAGUCCUCUGGCAAAAAAAGUACAGGAAGUAACGAUCUAUUAGAAAGGAUGGACGGUGUAACACUGGAAGACUGGAGUGGGGAGGAAAGUCUAGUGACCAAUACAGUGGACAAUGGUCAAUCAUUCCUACUGAAGAGGACGGAGAUAAAAAUUUUUAUAAUGAGCUGUCAUCAAUUAGGAUGUUAUAAAAUCCUUGAACUUUUGAAUCAGCGGUUAAAAUCAGGAGUCGACAACCACACAAUGAGGUCAUUAUUGCUGGUGGAGAACCUGCUCACUACAGAUUUGAUAAGUGUUGAUCGAAUGGUUCGGACAUGCAAGGAAAGCCUGGUCUGGUUAGUAGCGAACUGUAGUGGACCAAUAGCAUCCAAGGCAAACAAGAUCAUUAAAAUUUUGGAGAAGUUAUCAAACAGCAGUUUACUUGGAGGAACACUAAACAAUACUGUUAAUGCCAAUGCCUGGCGAUCUGACCUGCUGGAUCAGGACCAGCCAGAACAUGAUGAGGGACCACAGUGUGAUGUCAAAGAGGAAGUAAAUACAAAUACAAGACAAGACAUAGAGUUAUUAUUACAACCAGACCCUAGUGUUAAUCUUAACAGGACAGAAACACCCUGGGACACCAAUAGGACCAAUAUGGAUGUCACCUAGUCUGCAGUAUAAUUAUAGCUGGGGGAUAGCGACGAGACGCUACUCAUAUAACAUACCGUCAGAACUUAGAAAUGUGUGAUUCUUGCUAUAUAUCAAUGCCCGUUUGUCUUCCAUUUAAAUAAUUAUCACUGAAACGUUGGAUAUUAAUUUGGGGUCGUUCGUUCGUCUGUCCCUCUGGCAUGCUUCUUUUCCAUGCAAUAACUAUAACAAAUGUCAAACAUUGUUAUCUGCUGUUUCCAUGAAACAACUGGAACAGAUGUUACCAGAUUUUCUUCAGACUUGAUAACAAGUUUAAAUGCCUUUAAGGCAAGGCAUUAUUUGAUUGCCCCUUUUUUCUGGACUUUUUUGGCAGAGUUAUGGCCCCUUGAUUAACUAAAAACGUAGUUUUCUGUUGUUUCUGUGAAAUAACUGGAUCAGUUGUUACCAGAUUUUCAUUAAACUUGAUAACAUGCUUAGAUGCAUUGAGGGCUAGUCGAAGUUUGAUUGCGACUUUUGACCGACAUUAUUUCACAGAGUUAUGACCCCUUGAUUAAUUGUUUUUUUCUGCUGUUUUCAUGCAUAUACGAUUAUCAUGAAACUCAGCAACAAAGUUAACACCCCUCGAGUUAUGAACUACAUUGCUAUUUGCAGUUAAUUAACUCUUCAAAAUAUUUUCCAAAAGUCUUCAAACUUUGGAAGAGGAUUUAAUGUUUAAAGGGCUCUCAACCAAAUUUGUGACAGGGAUUAGUAAUAACAGAUGCGAAGAGAAGUUUUGCAAAAUCAGUUUUUAUCUCAUAAUAUAAUACCACUAGCUUCUGUACAAGGCUUUAUUUUUUCUUCAAGUUUCAAGCAAUGGUUCAACAGAAUUUAUCAUUCUGUCAAACUAUAAUUACUCAAAAAUGUUUACCUUAAAUGUCUGGUACAUUUAUGUCAGGAAGGCAGGGGAUAUGAAUUCCACAAAUUUGCUUGUUUGUUUUUGUGUCCCAACAUUUACCUAUGUUAGUAACUUACCCAUGUUUUUGUGCAAUAUAUUACUUUGUUAUCACAUGUUAAUGUUCAUCAUUUUAUUAUUGGGUAUUGUUUUGAAAAAAAUGAAAUGUGUAUAUUAGUUCAUAGAAUAAAUGAUAAAACCUA